AUGGAGGUGCUCUCACCUUCUCAAACCCUAGAUUUCGAUUUCAACAGCCCGCGAUCGUCGCCGCACGCCACCGCGCCGUCCACGCCGCGCGACUACUACUUCAGCGCUCCCACCAGCCCUUCCCACAUCUCUCAAUUCUACAAGGAAUUCGACGAAUUUCUCCUCGACGCCGCCCGCCAAUCGCCGGCGGUGCCGUUUCAAUGGGAGGAAAAGCCUGGCACUCCGAAAUCAGCUCUGAUUAAUGCUGGAGAUGAUGAUCUCGAUUUCGCGUUCGACAUCGGCCGUGAUGAUUGGGAAACGGCGUCUCUCUCCGCGGAGGAGCUCUUCGACGGCGGCGUGAUCAAGCCGAUGAAGCCCCAUGCCGUGAGGAAGCAGCGAUCGCAGGCGAGGAGGAUAAUCCAAGGCGCUUUCUCGCCGCGCCACAAGAAAAACGCUCCGCCUUUGCCGGAAAGAGGAAGAGAGAGAGGCGUGGUGCUGUCGAGGCCGCUGAGCCGGAGGGCGGUGCGAUCUCUCUCUCCGAUGAGAGAUGAUCAGCGAAAUCUAUGGGAGGAAGAGGUGGCGCAAACCGGAAAGGUGAAUUCUGUUUGUGUGGCGGCGCCGAGCAAGGGGCAGAAGAAGUGGAGUUUGAAGGAUUUUUUCCUGUUCCGGAGCGCGUCGGAGGGACGCGCCGCGGAUAAGGACCCACUGAAGAAGUAUACGGCAGCGUUGAGGCGGUCGAGCUUCAGAGCGAUUGAUAGUCCCGGUUCGGGGUCCGGUUCGAGGAGAAAAGGACCGCUUUCGGCUCACGAGCUGCAUUAUACUGUGAACCGGGCGGUUUCGGAGGAUAUGAAGAGGAAAACGUUUCUGCCGUACAAGCAGGGGAUUCUGGGCCGGUUAGCGUUCAACCCGGCGGUUCACGCGCUGGCUAAUGGCUUCGGUUUAUCUCGUAAUUGA